GAAACCGGGGGCCCUGACUGGGGCCCGGGCGAGAUAUUAUGAUCAAGAUUCCCGCUCGUGAAGCAACAACCGACCACAAACGGGGAGUUGGAUGCCUUCUUGGGUUAUGCAGAUUCUAUGAAGAUGGCGAGCGAUACAAGUGAUCCCAGAAUACUUCUAGACCAACACAGAAAAAUACUUGUUAGGGAUAUUUUCAGCGUUGACCAUAUUUUGGACCGUAUGAUUGGAAAACAAAUUCUGACAGAGGAAGAGAAGAACAAAAUAUUGGGCGGGAAAGGGGAGGACAAACCCAGUCAAAACGAAAGGCUACUAGAUUUUGUCAAACGUAAAGGCAUUGACGCAUUUGUAUGCUUCCGAGAGGGUUUAAGAGGCUCCCAUCUAGAAGACCUUCUGCGUUAUUGUCCGACUCACAAUGCACCAUUGAUGUUUUGGUGCGAAGAGUGUGAAUGUUUGCGAUGCGAAAAGUGUAAAAACGAGCAUGUCUUCCCUCAACAUGUCUUCACCGCUAUAUUUAGCGUCAAUGAAGACAUCAAGACAAAAUUCGACUGUUUCAUUCGAGAAAGCAGGUCAAUGCUCAACUCUUUAAGUCGCAAACAAAUUAGCGAACGCCGUGAACAUAUUAAAAUGUGGGCAGAAAGGUACGGAGAAGAACUCCAGACUUUGGUUAGCAGGAUUAUUGACGAGGAGAUAGGCUGGGUCCUUGCGAAGCUGAGAAACAAGGGGAUGCCAUCUGUCGAUGCUGAAGAAUCAGGAAGGCUGGAGGGAUGCAGGCAAAGUUGCGAGGCUACAUUUACAGUCGGACAACAUAGUGCGCAGCUUAGACACGAGAAUGCUGGAGAUCUGCGUACCUUGCUAAGACGUAACAGAGAGGCAUUUGUCGCGGACAUGCGGUCCAUUGGACCUAUAACAGACUUACUCUAUCAGGAAAAGAUCCUAACAUACGAAGAGAAGUGUAAAAUUCUCCAGAAGCAUUUGACCCAACAGGACAAAGCUAGGAGGCUACUGGAUAUCAUCUCGUGCAAAGGCACAGUUGAAGCAAUCUGCCAUUUCACCAAAGCUUUGGAGACGACAUAUACAGAUUUGGCGGAGCUCUUGCACCAGUGCCCUGAACAUAACAAAAAGCUUGAACUGUACUGUGAAGACUGCAAGGUUUUGGUUUGCGAGGAUUGUCAGAAGAGUAAGCACUCAGAUCACUUAACCAUGUCGACAACUACUAUUACAACAAUUUAUAAGUUUGAACGCUUCAUUCUUGACAACAGGGAAAACAUUAUGGACAUACGUCGCCAGAAAAUAUGCCCAGAGGAAGUAGAGAAAAGGGUAAAGGAAAGGGGGGAAGAUCUACGUGGCAUGGUCACUAGGAAAAUUGAUGAAGAGGUAGCCAUGUUUGUUAGCAACCUUGACCAAGCCGGGUCAAAUUUCACUGUGUCACCUGAGGACACGUCAUCCGAGAGAAAAGGAAGAGUGAGAAAUUUCAAGAAGAUAGUCAAAAUAACUGCCAUGUUUAUGUUCUCAACCAUAUUGAUUCUGUUAGCAUAUACUUUAAUCUAGAAA